AUGCAUGAGGUCGGCAUCAGCCAACCUGACGUCGACGAGGCAGCGACUCUGGGUCCGAUGUGUGUUGAAGAACCACCCAUCUCCACGUCUCGGAGAUUUAAGUUCCUUCAGGAAGGUGGUCCAUCCUUGAUGUGCCAGUCGCAGCUAUGCCAAGGGAGCAUUAAGCUCAAUCCCUUCACAGGGACAAUUCUCCGAGCGGCUUCAACCAUUCAACGAAGAUGUGAUGGACCCAAGCGUGGCAACAGUGAUGAGACACGCUUCCGGGCAUCUCCCGAUUCGCCGAGAGACCAGCCGUGUCUUGCCCCUCUGGCCCACGACGCUGAAUCCAGGCCAAUCAGUACCUUCUUAUUUAGCCAGAUGGAGAUUUCUCAAAAUAGCCUCUACGACGGCAUCUCCCGUGCUGAUCCCGCACAGCUUACAGUGCGAUGA